AAAUGCUAAGAGGAGUAUUUUUACUUAGUGAAGGAAUUAGGGGUAUCUAGAAUUGUGUUUUUGUUUUUUUCAUUAAAUUAUGCCUAUAAAAAUAAGUAUGCAAAUUUGCUCUUCUCUAGAAAAGCCUUAUGCGAUCUCUACAGAUGGGUGACUCUUCUUUUUGGACAAGACUAAUUUGAGAGUUUUCUUCCUUUUAGAGGAGAGUGACUUUGAAUAGCCUGCUGAGAAAUAUAGGAUAUAUUACUUGUAGUAUGUUGGUUUAUUAUACAGGUCUAUGUGCUUCUAAAAGCUCCCGAUUAUAUGAAGGGAAACAUUUGCUAAGGGAGAUUUUUUUCAAAAGUGCAAGGUAAAAGUAAGGUAUUUGUUUAUAGCAAUAAAACUGUACAUACAACUAAAUACAGUGAAUGUAUAUACCUGUGUACUGUAUAAUAUAGUAUGUACCAUAUAUAGUACAUGUCUGUAUGUGUGUUAUAUGGAUAUACUGUACAUAUAUAUAUAAUAUAUCUUACACAUACUGUAUAUAAUAUACACACCUGUGUAUUAUACAAGUAUGUACUAUUUCUCUUUGACAGGUACAGAAGUAUAUAUGUAUAUGGAGAAAGACUAGCCCUUGUCCACCUCUCCUUCAUUUUUUACCGGUUAACAGCUCAGGGUCUCUCCCUUUCUCAUGCACAUACGGCAUUUUUUGACCCACUUUCACUCCUGUCUUGACAUGUCUGCUACUAGAGACGAGUUUCCCCUAACAGGCAGUGGACAGCAGAUUACAAAGAAGGGAGACCUCUAGUGGCCAAGAUUUUAGAACUGGAGUAAUUUUUGCACUGCAACGAUGUAAGGGCAGAAGUGGUCCCCCAGCAGGCUUCAGUGAUGUCAUGUCUGAUGGGAAACCCCUACUUUUUCCUGCUGGGAGAUUGCAUGUGAGCAAGAAGUAAGCUUGUCAAACAAGAAUCACCCUCCAGAGAGCAAGAGCUCUGCCAAGACACACUUGGUCGAAAAUUGGCUUGUUCUUCUGAUCAUCCACUGGACCGGAAAAUUGUCCCCCCUCCCUUUUACAGGUCAUUGAAAAUUAGAGACUCCUGGUCUUCCCCAUCUGCUGGAAAACUAUGAGGUGGAUAGGGAUUAUACGGAUCUUAGUAAUUGUGUUCACACUGCUAUCAACAUGGUUUUUUGUAGAAAAAAUUUUCUCUUCAAAAUGGGAAGCAAGUUCCUUACAUUCUUUAUUUGAAAAGGAAGUGAAAAGAGAUACAAUUCCGGAAAAAAAACACAGAAAAUGCGGAAAUGAUAAAGAGUGUCCACAGAAUUACUUUGCCUUUAAAGUAAUAAGUGGAGCAGCCAAUGUGGUCGGCCCUUCCAUCUGCCUGGAGGACAAAAUACUUAUGAGUAAUGUGAGAAACAACAUUGGCAGAGGACUAAAUAUUGCACUUGUAAAUGCCAGUACGACGAGACUUAUAAAGACAGGUCAUUUUGAUAUGUAUUCCGGUGAUGUAAAGGAUGUUCAGAAGUUCUUGGCAGGAAUGAAAGAGGGCACCUUAAUAUUUAUUGCAUCAUUUGAUGAUCCAGCCACAAAACUGGAUGACAAAACUAGAGAUCUCUUUACCAGUUAUGGAAGUAGUUAUGCAAAGAAACUGGGAUUCCGGGACUCUUGGACCUUUGUUGGAGGAAAAGGAUUGAAGAACAAAAGCCCCUUUGAGCAGCACAUCAAGAAUGAUAAGGAAAACAAUAAGUAUGACGGCUGGCCUGAAGUUCUGGAAAUAAGUGGAUGCAUUCCUAAAAAAAUGGACUAACAGCAACUUUUUAUCUCAGACUGUAUUUUGGAGAAGUCUUUUAUGAGUGAAUUGUUAGAACUGCUUGGACUCCUUUAGGACGUUUUAGCAAUAUGUUUACAUGUGGAUGUAUAUAUUUUAUUUAAUAAAGAAAGGAGAUCACUGAG